AUGCAAAUCGACCUCGAAUUGGAUUUGAAGUUUGACAAGUGCACGACUCGUAUUGGUGAUGUGCCCAUCAUCACAGUCAAGAGCAAGGCACUAUUGGUUCUCCAGCUGGAUACCUAUUGUAAAUCCCCCGAAGUACUUUCCAGGCUCUGUUGGCCAGAAGACACGCAUCAGAGUGAACUAAUAAUCCCCGACGAGGUCUGCAAGAUUGCGCAAAUAGAUCCUGAUGCGGUGGGACACACCCCAGGGCUGUUAUGGUCCUACAAGUUGAAAGGAACAUCGAAGUACAAAAUAAGCAAUGGACCAGCACUGCAGGAUAUCGAACACGUCAAAUCAGGCAGCCGUGUCUUGACUAUCAUCGUAUUCAGAAAGCUUAUCCCGAUCACAACGCUCUCUGGCGAGGAGUUUCUUGCUGCAUGGUGGGAAGUUGUGAAGUGCCAUCACGCCCUCUGGAAAGGAGGCGUGCAUCACCGGGAUGUCAGCCCUAGCAAUCUCAUGGGGUACCGCAUACGCGGUCAAUUCAUAGGCGUCCUCAACGACUACGACUUAUCGUCGUUUAAACGUUAUGGUCCCAGUGGCCUCGAGCGCACGGGGACGGUACCAUUCAUGGCAAUAAACCUUCUCACGCCAGAAGCCAUAGCAGGCGAGGUCGAGCACGUGUACGCGCAUGAUGCUGAAUCGUUCAUCUGGGUCCUCACCUGGAUCUGCCUCCGGUAUGAAGAUGGCAAGCUCUUCAGCCAAAACAGACCACUAGAAGAAUGGCUGAAGUUGGAUGCUAUUCGAUGCAGGGAGAAAAAAAACGACUUUAGGACAGUGGGGUUCAGUGAUUCCCGUCCGUCUGAAUCACACAAAGCGUCCUGGGGCCUUGUACAUAAAUGUCUUUUGGGGAUCCAGUCGCUUUAUACUCUAGAUGGGUAUCGCAAACUGGCUGAUCGACUGUCAUUUGAGUUAUUACUUGAGGGACCUAUGCUGGAGCAUGAUGUUCAUUUAUCUCUGGAUACCUAUUGUAAAUCUCCCGAAGUACUUUCCAGGCUCUGUUGGCCAGAAGACACGUAUCAGAACGAGCCGAUUGUCCCCGACAAGGUCUACAAGACUACGCAAAUAGAUCCUGAUGCGGUGGGCCACACCCCAGGGCUGUUAUGGUCCUACAAGUUCAAAGGAAAAUCGAAGUACACGAUAAGAAAUGGACCAGCACUACAAGAUAUCCAACAUGUCAAAUCAGGCAGCCGUGUCUUGACUAUCAUCGUAUCGAGAAAUCUUAUCCCGAUCACAACGCUCUCUGGCAAGGAGUUCCUUGCUGCAUGGUGGGAAGUUGUGAAGUGCCACCGUGCCCUCUGGAAGGGAGGCGUGCAUCACAGGAAUAUCAGCCCUAGCAAUCUCAUGGGGUACCGCAUACGCGGUCAAUUCAUAGGCGUCCUCAACGACUACGACUUAUCGUCGUUUCAACGAGACAGUCCCAGCGGCCUUGAGCGCACGGGGACGGUACCAUUCAUGGCAGUAAACCUUCUCAAACCAGAAGCCGUAGCGGGCAAGGUCGAGCACGUGUACGCGCAUGAUGCUGAAUCGUUCAUCUGGGUCCUCACCUGGAUCUGCCUCCGGUAUGAAGAUGGCAAGCUCCUCAGCCAAACCAGACCACUAGAAGAAUGGCUGAAGUUGGAUGCUAUUCGAUGCAGGAAGGCAAAGACCUACUUUUGGUCCGUGAGGUGCAGUGAUGCGCGUCCAUCUGGAUCGCAUGAAGCAUCCUGGGACCUUGUAAAAAGAUGCUUUAUGGGGAUCCACUCGCUUUAUACUCCAAUUGGGUACCGCAAACUGGCUGAUCAAUCGGCUUUCGAGUUGUUGCUCGAGGGGCCUAUGCUGGAGCACGACGGUUCUUUAUCUGCCAAGCAGGAUAGGUAUACCUGUAGUUGA